AUGUGGAGGCUCCGAGGAGACCACACGUUGCCUGUUUGCAUUCGGUAUCAACAUAGGGGCCCUGCACCUGGUGUGAUGGUUUGGGCAGCCAUUCGGUACAUGCCACGCACAUCUCUGGUUCGGAUUUAUGGUAAUAUGAGUGCAGAUUGGUACACUUCUGACAUCUUAUGUCCAGUGGUUGUGUCCUAUCUUCGAAGCCUGCCAAAUGCCAUCUUCCAACAAGAUAAUGCAAGACUACAUGUUGCAAGUUGUGUUGUGACCUUCCUCGAUACACAGGGUGUAAUGCCAGCCUCUGUAUCUGCUGUAGAAGAGAAUGUUGAUCAUAGUUUCUCCUCAAAAUUCUUGGGACUUUUUGUUGUAUUGAUUGCAUGCUUUUCUAGUGGAUUUAGUGGUGUAUACUUUGAAAAACUUGUCAAAAGUUCUGCGCAGUCAUUAUGGAUCAGAAACAUACAAUUAGCCUUAUUUAGUAUAAUACUUGGGUCUCUGGCUGUAAUUAUUCAAGAUCUGCAUGCAGUUACAAAUCAUGGAUAUUUUCAAGGAUAUUAUACUACAACCUGGAUAGUAGUACUUCUUCAGGCAUUUGGAGGUUUAGUUAUUUCAACUGUAAUCAAAUAUGCUGAUAAUAUUUUAAAAGGAUUUGCUACUUCAGUUUCAAUUGUAUUAUCAACAGUUUGCUCAUACUAUUUAUUAGAUGACUUCACGCCAACAAACACAUUUUUCAUGGGAGCUACAAUUGUCAUAAUUGCAACGAUGUUAUAUGGGUAUCCUGUGAAAAAACCAGACAGAUAUUCAUCUAAUAUGAAAAACUCAGAGAAAACAAUAGAGAGAUAAUUCAAAUUUUAAUUAAUCCUGGUGAAUUAAUAUUUUAAAAUAUUCUUAUUUAUAAAAAUGAAUACUUAAUUUAUAUUUUUCUUUUGAGCUUUUUUUUUACUGUUAUUAAAAACAUUUAUCUGGACAUUAUGUUCCAAGCCAUUCUGUAUUAUAUCUUAUAUUGAAAUUUUCUUAGCAUUUUAAAAUUGAAAACAUUAGUGUCAAUUGUUCUUUUAUUCAUCUGUGUGUAAAUUUAGCAUGAUCACUUAAUUUCCAAAAAACUUUAAUGUUUGGAAAAUGUUGUGAUUUAUAAAUAAUCAUAUAUGUGAAAAGAAUAAUUAUGAAUAUAUAAUCAGAAUCUGUCUCUUGAUGAAGAAUGUCCAUAUGCUUAUUUUAAAAUAUCUGUGUUCUUUUUAUAGUAAUAAUAAAAUAAACAAAAUAUUAAGUAAUUUAUUUUGAUGAAUUAUGCUACUUUGUAUGUAUAUGUGUUUAUACAUAUAUGCAGAAAAUUUUAAAUUGCAUUUUUUGUCGUUACUUAUCCCAUUCAUAUUGCUGUCGUCUUUUAAGAGUAUCAAAAUUCUAAAAAAGGCAGAAUUUUCCCAUUUUUCUGUCUGACUACUCUAGAAUAAAAUGGAGCCCUUUUCUCCUUAUCUAGUUUGUAGCUAACUGCAAAGCAAUAAGUGUUAAAGUUAUAUAUUAUUAAUAAGGGGAGAAUGUGAUCUUGGUCAUACCAUUUUCAUCCAAUUUCUACAUAAUUUGGAAGACCUUAAAGUGUAUAUAUCUAUGAACAGUAAAUGCACAUUUCUCUGAAAUAGUGAGAAAAUCAAGGCUAAAGUUGUAGGUUACAUUCAUCUUAUUUAAAUUCCUCUCUUAUUUGCAAAUAUAAAUAAUAUAGACAGUAUUGCACAGAGUUACUAACAAAAAGUCCUCAUUUCAAAUUCACUCCAUCAGUGUUUUUUGUAUUGGUAUUAUUAAUUAUUUUAAUUUACUUUUAAUGAAAAUUAUUUGAAAAUAUUAUUUGAAAAAAAAAAAAAAAAAAAAAAAAAAAAAAAAAAAAAAAAAAAAAAAAAUAUACUACAAAAAUUGCUCAUUUAUUUUUAUCCUGCUUGUAAUUUUCAACAAAUUUACUUCCAGUUCAAAUAUACAGUACUGACAAAUAUACAGUACUGACUUUAUUUAAGUGCAUUAAGUAAAUAAUGGCUUAUCACAAUUUAAAUUUGUAUUUAUGAUAUGUGCUUAUGAAAUAUAAAAUUGUAGUGGAGAGAAGUAUGAAAUUAUUAAUACUGUAAAUGAUAUAUGGAAGAAAUUUUGGGAAAAGUUACUAUAAAAGAAAUUUGAAUUGUAAUAAAGCAUCAUUUUUUUAUGAGUUCAAUGUCUGUGUAUUUUGAAUGUUUUUAUGAUAAAUACCAUCUAUCAAGUACAGUAAAUUAGAACAAAUGAAAAAUUGGGUUUUGUAAAAAAAAAAAAAAAAAAAAAAAAA